AUGGCCGAAGUUGGAUCACCAUCGCGCGAUUUGAAAAAACGACAUCGAAGUACUAGUCGAGAAAGAGAACACCACCACCAUCAUCGAUCACACCGUGGUGAACACGAAACAAAGAAUCGACGGGCAUCACCAAAGCGCUCGCAAUCACCCGAUUCGAAACGUCGAAAAGAUGAUGAGAUGAAAGUCGACGAAAGCGAUAAACGAACCAAUGGAACUAGCACAACUAAACAAGUUCCAUUAUCGUUAGAAGAAAUGCUUGAAAGAAAUAAAAAAGAACAAGAAGCCGUUGCUAAACCGAAAUUUUUAACAAAACAGGAACGUGAAGCUGAAGCAUUACGACGACGACAAGAAGAAGCAGAUGCUAUUCGUAAGCGUAAUGAAGAAUUACACGAACGAGAUCGCGACCGAGAACGACGGGAUCGAGAACGUCGCCGACGCGACAAAGAUGAACAACCAGCAGAUCGAGGAAAUGCUGAUGAAGAACGCGAAGAAGCUGCUGUUAAAGAGCGAUACCUUGGUAUAGUCAAAAAAAAACGGAAAAUCCGUCGUUUGAAUGAUCGAAAAUUUGUUUUCGAUUGGGAUGCUGGCGAAGAUACUGCUGUCGAUUACAAUCCGAUCUAUAAGGAAAAACAUGAAAUACAAUUUUUCGGCCGUGGUCAUAUAGCUGGUAUUGAUUUGAAUAAGCAGAAGAAGGAUCAAUCGAAAUUCUACGGUGAUCUGCUGGAAGAACGACGUAGUGAAGGCGAAAAAGAUCGAGAAAAAGCUCGAUUGAGAUCAGAUCGUGAAAAAGACGAGAGACGUCGUUUCGAUGAACGACAUUGGUCUGAGAAAGAUUUGGACGAAAUGAUGGAUCGAGAUUGGCGUAUUUUCAAAGAAGAUUUCAACAUAACAACAAGAGGUGGAAAUAUUCCACAUCCAUUAAGAUCAUGGGAGGAAGCUGGCUUAGAAAAAAGCAUUCUAGAUGUAAUUAAACUUGCUGGAUAUAAAGAACCAACACCUAUUCAAAGACAAGCUAUUCCAAUUGGUUUACAAAAUCGAGAUGUAAUUGGUAUCGCAGAAACAGGUUCCGGUAAAACAGCAGCAUUUCUUAUUCCUCUAUUGGCGUGGAUUCGGUCAUUGCCUAAAGUGGAAAGAUCAAUUGAUGCUGACAAUGGACCAUAUGCACUUAUUCUAGCACCAGCUCGUGAAUUAGCACAACAAAUUGAAGAAGAAGCAGUUAAAUUUGGAAAACACUUGGAUAUCAAUGUAGUCUCCGUCAUCGGUGGUUUAUCUCGUGAAGAACAAGGAUUUAAGCUUCGUCUUGGUUGCCACAUUGUUAUCGGUACGCCAGGUCGUCUUCUGGAUGUUCUUCAAAAUCGUUAUUUAACAUUACAGCAAUGUACUUAUGUUGUUAUGGAUGAAGCUGAUCGUAUGAUUGAUAUGGGUUUCGAGGCUGAUGUGAAAAGCAUUUUGGAAUACUUACCCGUAACGAAUCAAAAGCCAGAUAAUGAAAUAGCGGAAAAUACAAAAGAUUUCUAUUCCAAAGAUAAAUAUCGACAAACUGUUAUGUUUACGGCUACAAUGACGCCAACGAUCGAACGACUUGCCCGAACAUAUCUUCGCCGGCCUGCUUCCGUUUACAUUGGUUCAGUUGGCAAACCUACUGAGCGUGUCGAACAAAUUAUUAUUAUGUGCUCAGAAAAUGAUAAACGCAAUAAAUUACUCGAUAUUCUUGACCGUACCUUCGAACCGCCCAUCAUUAUAUUCGUCAAUCAAAAGAAAGCUGUCGACAUUCUGGCUAAGGGUCUAAUCAAGAAAGGAUACAAUGCUUGCGCAUUACACGGUGGCAAAGGUCAAGAUAGUCGUGACUUAGCUUUGCAACAAUUGAAACAAGGUCAAAAGGAUAUUCUUGUUGCAACCGAUGUCGCUGGUCGUGGUCUCGAUAUUAAAGAUGUUUCACUUGUACUCAACUAUGAUAUGGCCAAGACUAUUCAAGAUUAUACGCAUCGUAUUGGUCGUACGGGUCGUGCUGGUAAAGCAGGCAAAGCAAUUACGUUCCUAACAAAAGAAGAUUCUGCCGUGUUCUAUGAAUUGAAAGAAGUUCUACUAGAAUCGCCUGUAUCACAAUGUCCUCAAGAGUUAUUGAAUCAUCCAGAUGCACAGAAUAAACCUGGCACUGUGGUUACUAAACUUUGUCUUCACUUUCCUAAUACAUGGAGUCUUCGUUGUACAAUCGUGUGUAUCAACGUGUUUCUACCGAAUCAUUGUGAUGAUUUACGCGAUGUUAUUGAUACGAUGUUUAAAGCAAGUCAUCCGAAUGUUUCCGAAACCCGUCGUCAACACCUUAUCUAUUCUUUGCUCGACAUGAUUGAAGAAGAUCGAGAUAAAAAAAAUAAACAAGAUACAGAUGAAACAAACGAUGAAGAAGACGAUAUUGAUCUGGCUGAAAAGACGGAACGAGACGGUGAAUGUAAACUAUGUGGAUGUACUCAACGAAUCACAAUUCAUCAUAUGAUUCCGAAAUUGAUUCUUAAACGUAUGAGAAAUUCGGGUAAAGAAUCAGUUGAUGUUGCGAAAUACCUAGUAGAAGUUUGUCGGCCGUGUCACAAUGAAAUUCACCGUAUAUGGCCUCACAGUGAAUUGGCACGAGAAUAUCAAACAGUUGAUAUGCUGUUAGAAGCACCAGCGAUUCAACCAUAUCUAAAUUGGAAACGAAAGCGAGAACGAACUGCAUAA